AAUCUUCACAUGUUGACAGAUUCACAUCUGCUAAUGAUAAUGAACCUGAUGUUACAUUCUUGAUUGAGAACUUGAAGAACAUGAUAAUGAAGAAAUUAUCUAUAUCAUGUGUGACUGAGUCUCUCACAUCUCUCUCUGUCUUCUCUGUUUCUUUCUCUGCUGCUCUCUCUCAAUCUUCUACAUCUGCUUCUGUGUCUGAUUCCUCUCUCACUACCCCUGUUCCCGCAACUCUCACUCCUGCAACUUCUGGUUUUACUGUCUCUGCUUUUGUUACCAGCUCUUCUCAUUUCAAGAAGAUAUUGUAUAGACUUAAUGAAUCAUCUCUUUCAAGAAUCACUCUUCUUCUCAACAGUGUUAAGUUUGUGAAAGAUAUCUGUGUUUUCAGAAACAGAAAUAUGAAUAUCAUACUCUUUUACACCUGUGAGUGUGAGGCUU